CUCGUAGCAGUUAAUGUUAUGUUGGAUCUGUUCUUAUAUACGAGUUGUGUUAUUCAAUCUGAUCACUUCAGUCACCUUCAUACUCUUUUCCUCUCUCUCUUCAAUUCCAAUGGCGGAUCAGAGCCCCAAACCAGAGACCUUCGAGCUCAGCAAUGGCAGCAUGAAGAUUCUCCUCACCAAUCUCGGAUGCACCAUCAUCUCCUUAUCUGUUCCCGGAAAAGAUGGGGUGUUAUCCGACGUCGUUCUUGGCCUCGACUCUGUUGAAUCCUAUGAGAAAGGUCUUUCUCCAUAUUUUGGCUGCAUUGUGGGUCGGGUUGCAAACCGAAUCAAGGAUGGCAAAUUUACACUUGAUGGAGUUCAGUACACUUUGCCUCUGAACAAACCCCCAAACAGUCUCCAUGGUGGAAAUAUUGGGUUUGAUAAGAGGGUAUGGGAGGUAGUUGAACAUAAAAAAGGAGAAACUCCUUCAAUCACUUUCAAGUAUCACAGUCAGGAUGGAGAAGAAGGUUAUCCUGGGGAUAUCACUGUUACAGCCACAUACACCCUCACCUCAAACACAACUCUGAGGCUUGACAUGGAAGGAGUGCCAAAGGACAAACCCACCAUAGUUAACUUAGCUCAGCACACCUACUGGAACUUAGCUGGUCACAACUCAGGGAAUGUACUUGACCAUUCAAUUCAGAUAUGGGCUAAUAAUAUCACUCCUGUAGAUGAGAAUACUGUGCCAACAGGUGAAAUCAUGGCAGUGAAGGGUACCCCUUUUGAUUUUACAUCUGAGAAAAGAAUAGGGAACGAUAUUAGUGAAGUUGGAUUGGGAUAUGACCACAAUUUUGUGCUGGAUUGUGGAGAAGAGAAAGAUGGUUUGAGGCAUGUUGCCAGAGUGAGGGAUCCAUCAAGUUCAAGAGUACUUAACUUGUGGACAACUGCCCCUGGUGUGCAAUUUUACACUGGAAACUAUGUUAAUGGUGUUAAAGGAAAAGGAGGUGCCAUAUAUGAAAAACAUGCAGGGUUAUGUCUGGAGACACAAGGAUUCCCUAAUGCUAUAAACCAACCAAAUUUUCCAUCUGUUGUGGUUCGUCCGGGGGAGAAGUAUAGACACACGAUGUUGUAUGAGUUUUCAAUUGAGUGAUGUUGUAUGAGUGGCAUAUCAAUGAGGUAGACAUCUUGUAUUGCAUAUUAUGAUUUAGAAGCAACUUUGGCUUCUGAAAUUCCUAGUUGUUUGCAUUCAAAUAAUAAUCACUUGUCUCAAGUUUGAAUUCUCCAAUGUAAACUGUGCUGUUUUGCUCUCCUAAAUAUGGGUGAGACCGUAGACUUUUUUUUGGUAAGUACAAUGAGGUUGUUGUUUCAU